AUGGCUUCGCCGGCGCCGGCAGCCGACGGUGCCGUGUAUGCGGCCAAUGGUGGCCUCACUGACCCACUUCUAGUGAGCGCGAACGGCCACGGUGCCGCCCCGAGGAAGGCUGCCCACGGCGCCAAGGGCAAGUACUGGGUGCCCGCCGACAAGGCCGAGAGGCGAGCUGCGAAGGAGGCCGGCGGUGAGGAGGGCCGCGCGCUGCUGUUCCGGAAGUAUAAGGUCAAAGGCGCCCUCCUGCACCCCUACAGGUUGCUGAUCAUCAUCCGAUUAAUCGCUGUCCUCGUCUUCUUCGCAUGGCGCAUCAGGCACAACAAAUCUGACAUCAUGUGGUUUUGGACAAUGUCCAUAGUUGGCGAUGUUUGGUUCGGCUUCUCGUGGCUCCUCAACCAGCUCCCAAAGUUCAACCCCGUCAAGACCAUCCCAGACCUGGCUGCCCUCAAGCGGCACUUUGGCUUCCCUGACGGUACCUCUAGGCUCCCCGGCAUUGAUGUUUUCGUCACCACUGCCGACCCCAUUGAUGAGCCCAUACUGUACACCAUGAACUGUGUCCUCUCCAUCCUCGCGGUUGACUACCCAGUCGACAGGCUUGCGUGCUAUCUCUCAGAUGAUAGCGGGGCACUGGUUCUCUAUGAGGCAUUGGUUGAGGUCGGAAAGUUUGCACCUCUGUGGGUUCCAUUCUGCCGCAAGUACUCCAUUGAGCCAAGGGCACCAGAAAGCUAUUUUGAGCAUGUGGCGCCACCACAGGCUGGAAGGGUGACACAUGAAUUCUUCAAUGAUUAUAGGAGGGUGCAAAUGGAGUAUGAUGAGUUCAAGGUGCGCUUGGACAACCUCCCUGAUAGCAUCCGCAAGAGAUCUGAUGUUUACAAUAGCAUGAGAGCUGCAGAAGGAGAUCAAAAGGCAACGUGGAUGGAAAAUGGGACGCAGUGGCCAGGCACAUGGAUUGAUCCAACAGAAAACCAUAGAAAAGGGCACCAUGCUCCAAUUGCCAAGGUUGUGCUGGAUCAUCCAAGCCAUGGACAGCAUCAUGGUUCACAACCCAUUACUGAAAGCAAUCUCAACAUUGGCACCACUGAUGAGCGCCUCCCAAUGCUUGUUUAUGUCUCUCGUGAGAAGAACCCAAGUUAUGACCACAACAAGAAGGCAGGUGCCCUGAAUGCACAACUGCGGGCCUCUGCUCUCCUCUCUAAUGCACAACUCGUCAUCAACUUUGACUGCGACCACUACAUCAACAAUUCUCAAGCCCUAAGCUCGGCUGUGUGCUUCAUGCUAGAUCAACGAGAUGGUGAUAACACCGCUUUUGUUCAGUUCCCACAGCGCUUCGACAAUGUUGACCCCACGGACCGCUACGGUAACCACAAUCGUGUCUUCUUUGAUGGGACCAUGCUUGCCCUUAAUGGUUUGCAAGGACCCUCAUACCUCGGCACUGGUUGCAUGUUCCGUCGCUUAGCACUCUAUGGUAUUGACCCACCCCACUGUAGAGCAGAAAACAUCGCAGCCGAAGCUAUCAGGCUUGGUAACUCCACAAUCUUCCUAGAUUCAGUGUCAAAAGCCCUAAAAAAUGACAGGUCAAUCACACCACCACCAAUUGAUGACACAUUCCUCGCUGAGUUAGAGAGGGUUGUGACAUGUUCUUAUGACAAAGGUACUGACUGGGGCAAGGGUGUAGGGUACAUCUAUGACAUAGCCACUGAAGAUAUAGUAACUGGAUUUCGCAUCCACGGGCAGGGGUGGCGCUCUAUGUAUUGCACAAUGGAGCAUGACGCGUUCUGUGGCGUUGCACCAAUCAAUCUAACUGAACGCCUCCAUCAAAUUGUGCGAUGGUCAGGUGGGUCUUUAGAGAUGUUCUUCUCCCACAACAACCCAUUCAUAGGUGGUCACCGGAUUCAACCCCUUCAGCGUGUCUCCUACCUCAACAUGACAGUCUACCCAGUCACAUCAGUCUUCAUCCUGAUCUAUGCUCUAAGCCCGGUGAUGUGGCUUAUCCCCGAUGAAGUAUACAUCCAGAGACCAUUCACUAGUGCAUAUCCAAUGGCAGUGCUGCACAUGGCAGUGAACCUCCUCACAAAGAAGGGCAUACACUUCAGGGUCACUUCCAAGCAAACAGCCGCAGAUGACAAUGACAAGUUUGCUGACUUGUACGAUUUUAGAUGGGUGCCAAUGCUCAUCCCAACAAUGGCAGUUCUGAUCUGCAAUGUUGGCGCCAUUGGUGUAGCCCUGGGCAAAACAGUGGUAUACAUUGGAACAUGGACAGCGGCAAAGAAGAUGCAUGCAGCAUUGGGUUUGUUGUUCAACAUAUGGAUCAUGUUUCUCCUCUACCCAUUUGCACUAGCGAUCAUGGGGCGGUGGGCGAAGAGGCCAAUCAUCCUUGUAGUCUUGCUGCCGGUUGUCUUUGCACUUGUUGCGCUGUUGUAUGUAGGUGUCCAUAUCUUACUUGCUGGUGUAAUUCCAUUCUAG